UGCCGGUCGAAACGUGCUGUGUCCCUGCACACACCACCCCGAUCCCCAACUACUUGCUGGCCUGCUGCUCUAUACGAUCUGGAGAAGAGCUGAUGAAGACGCGGCGCACCACCGAUUCCGCCUCACCGCCCGUCUCCAUGUUUCUUCCGUCUAGAUCGCGCCGCGGACGGACACAACGAGCAUGGACUUCUUGAAAGCGUGCACAACCAACAUACAUGCCAUCGAGAGCGUGAGCCAAGUACGCUUCGCGCUCUUCCAGUUUCGUCACAACACCGCGCCUUCCCACACGCAAUGGUCGAAACUGCAACGGGCAAUCGCACGACUACGCGCCGACAAUGUGCUAUGCGCUGCCGUGGGCUCACAAGUGUAUGUCUUCGGGGACUCGACUGGGGAUGGCAAUGCUGCGUACCAAGAGCUGGAAGCGGAUUUGGAAGUCAUCGCGCAAGGAACAGUCGCCGAGCGCGCAGCAGAAUCCGCGACCAGCAGCCCUCGAGACGCCUUGUUGGCUGCGGUGGAGCUGUCAGUCGCGCACAACCUGUCCAAAGACCCGGCAAUCACGCAUGUCGCGCCCUGGACUUGGCUUUAUGGCAAUCGUCGCAGUGACGAGGUCGAUGAAGGGGAGAGCAUGAUGAUCAAGCUUCGCGCCAGGACGACCCCGACAGAUGGCCUCUACCUAGUCUCGGAUGUCCUUCCUGCCACGCUUCAAACAGUAGGCUCUGCACGGUGCAGUACCGACGAUCCAGUAGUCCUAGCUCCGUUCGGCCAGUCUGCGCGACCCCUUGUUCUCGAAUCCGGUAAGAAUCUCCUCGACGGUGAGAACUGGAGGACGAUCGUAACAGAAAUGCUGCCAACACAAGGUCUUGAAUUGCCACGCGAUACCCAAUGGAUACCGGUUGAGCUUCUAGAUGGUACUGAAACUGCUUGGGCAUGGCCUGCACACCUGUGUUUCACCACUUCAGUUGCCAACAAUCAAGUCGAUGCUACCUUUGCAGAGGGCCGGGACUGGCGACGAUGGUUCAUUAGCACGGAGGAAGGCGCCAUCUUCCGAAACCCGCUGGCGGCCACGGAGGAUUGGUACAAAGGCUUUGCAGAAAGAGAACGCGCUAAGGCUGCUGCAGACGUUUUUGUACCAACAGAAGCUCCCACGACUGGACAGGCUCCGCCUACGAUGACUGCUGAAGUGACACCACUUGAGGCAGAUACGGCUGUUUCGCCGUCAUUCACGCAGCGAGGAGCUGAACAUCUGUCUGCCAUGGUGGGCAUCUAUCCAACACCCCCUGAUGGCUUCGCCCCAGCACAGCCAGGCCUGCUGAGUGCUGCGACCCCUUCAGUGACACAGCCAGACCCGAGCAGUUCCGUGCUGGGCACUUCGCCGAAUGAUUCCAUGCAACCAAAGCCUUCAGCACAGCAGCCUCCUCCACCGCACGAUCCAAGCGAGCUGAAUGCGGCGCAAGACGAUUUAUUUGGUGAUGUCGGUGAGAUGGGAUUUGGCGACGCUGAAAUAGAGGAUGCGGAUUUCAAUUUCUUCGACGAGCCCGACGAUGAGUUCACGGAGCAGCCGCCGAUGGAGACUCGUGAUGUGCUUGACGAGUCCAAUGCUGAUGCAGAAACGAUCAGUGCAGCGCAACCUACGGAAUUGGCACUCGAAGGUGAUGCUUCGGUGCUGCCGGACGCCUCAAAUGACGACAAUUUGCUACAAUACGAACUUGCUGAUACCACAAAUGCAAACAUUGCAGAGAAGAUCGACACUGAGGAGAGCUCCAUUGGGGCCAGGGCUUUGAGUGAACCUUCUAUUAAGCCAAAGCGGCCCUUGAGCCCUUUCGGCAUUCGCGAACAACUUCUACCACCUCCCGUCCCAGCGAGCCACUUACAACUACAUGCGGAUGCGCAGUCUCGCCACACGGGCCGCAGGGACAGCAGCUUUGCCUCGAUCAAUUUCCGCAAUUCCAUCCGCAUGGCAUCGAUGUAUGAACCCGCCCUGGUGGCCAAAGAUGCAGCACGCACCAAGCCGCCUCCUGACUCUGUAUGUAUCGCGCUUCCGCCUGCUCGCACCGGACCGGGCGUGAAACAGGAGGUCCACGACACCGACGGGUACGAUGUCGACAGCAGCGAUAGCGAAGAAGAGUCCUAUGAUUCUUCUUCGAGUGAGGCCGACGAUACGGAUUUGCCACCCAGGUUGCCUUGGGAGACCAGGAAACGAAAGCGACAGCUUGAUGACGACGUUGCAACCUAUACUUUGAACAACCAUAUGAAUUCUCAUGCGGAAGAAGAUGAGGUCGGCAACGUGUCCGACGCCGCUGCUAAGAACACCAUGGUAGAGGUGUUGCAACAGUAUUCGUCGAGUAUCUUGCUUGCCGACUUCGGGUCAAGUCUACGUCCAUCAAAGCCGACCCAACAUCCGCCUGCACUACUCCACGCUUUACAGCCAGAAUCAAUGGAGACAGUGGCAGGUCCGCUACUGUCGCUCGAGAGUGCAUAUAGUCUGACCAAGUCAGACCUCAUUUGUGUCGCGCAACUCGUAGCCGAUCAGUCUAUCACUGCGAACAUACGCUCUUCGAUAGGUGUACACGAUCUUUCCGGUGAUUCAGAACUGGUUGUGCCUGUCGUGACAAAGUAUUUGCGAGACCAACUCAAACGAGCUGUUCGUAUAGCAGUACCAGAAGCGCUGGAGUGCGAUCUUUCAGAGCUUGCACUGUCGAAAGAGUCAGUCUUGCGCCAGACAAACAAUGCUGGAAAGACGCCACAAGGUCAGCCUCGGCCACCGCAGCGGCUCGACAGUGCGCAUAUCGGUCCCGAUUGUUUUACAUUACCGUCGCCCUUCUUGAGGUUGCGCCGUGGUCGUGAUGCUUGGGAAAUGCUGCCCGCCUGCAUACCAUUUUGGGAGACGCUAGGGCUCAGCCCAGCAGCUGGUCCCAAGCAUCUCCGUGCGUUCUGCGUCUUUCCAUUCAACGAGGAUCUCCAGCGCCUGGCCGAUCACUUCCUGGGUGACCUGGGCACCGCCUACGAGAAUUGCAAAUUGGGCACCCACGUUCACUUGCGCAAUGCCAGCGAAGUGGACGUGCACGAUACUUUCGAGGACGGCAUGGCCCCUGUUGAUCUAGGAGAAGAAGCGUCGCUGGAGGCUGCUCUCAAGUCGUAUGCUACCACCUGUUCAGACUUAGGCAAAGCUUUGUCGACCAUUGCUCACCAGGAGUCUGAGGAUCGUGCCAUCGUCGUGUACAUCCUCAAUCCUUUCAGCGGAGAGCAGGCACGCCAACAUCUUUGUGCUUGUUUCUGGACGCUUUUUCAGACCUACCGAGACAACAUGCCCAGAGCAUCCGGCGAACGAGGAGGAAGCGACAUCUUCUUACAGCUUCUGCCAAUCUCACUAGUAGCCGCCUACGAUGCUUUUGUGCCACUGGAUGCCAGACGGAUGUCAAUACUAGCUCGUGAGAUCUAUGACCGGUGUCCGCCCACCUCUGCUCUGCAACUGUCUGACAUAUCCGCCCCACUGCCAAAUCUUGCUGCUCCGACUGUGGAAUUGGCCAGUAUGGCGCCUAAGCGGCUCGGCUUUCAACUGAUACCUGAAGCUGCUGCGGAUCUCCUAUACGAAGGGUCCAUUCUUCAUCUAGCAUACGCUUGCAGCUCAGAUGGUAAGUGGCUGACGGCAUCCUGGAUAGACAGCACAGGAAAGUAUCAGUCCAGUUCUUCAUUCUGCAUGGCUGGCAGAACAUUUGCAGAAACUGCGGAGGAUGUAUGGGAACACACCAAAACCAUCAUGGCAGCGCGCCAAGUUUCAUGGCGAAUAUUCGUCGUCACUCAAGACAGCGCAAUCGAGGCCUCAAUUAUGCACUGCUGGCGAAUGCUCGCGGCCAAGCCUCGCGCUCAGCCUGUUUGCGUGACGAUGCUGUCUAUCCAGACCGAGCCACUGUUGCAGUUGCUGCCACCAUAUGCGGGCCUCGAGCACGCUGCAAUUGGGAGCGCAGAGAACGGUGUCCUUACACCAGCGUCCACCCCACAAGGAGCCACCUUCACUUCCUCGCCAGAUGUUGCGGGACAUGGAGGCAAUGCCCCGUUAACUCCCGCGCCCAGCGACACAGCCACUUCGCUCCCGGCGGACAGCGCAGCUGAUGCCGAUGCGCAACUAACUGAUAUGACUGAUGAGACAUGGGGCGUCCUUUUGACUUCGAAGCUGAGCGGCACUACACAGAAUAGCAGCAUGGCGCAUGGGGUCUUGUUGCAGCGCGGCAAGGUGGCCUUACACGAUACUGAUCAGAUCGAGAUGAUCGACAAACUGCCUUCGCUUGGUGUGAACAUACACUGGACAAUACAAGUCAAGCCGCAAGGAACUGUCGACGAAGGAAGCAUUAAGCAGGCUGAAUUGACCUUGCGAGAGGUGUUGCGAAUGUUCCGCGGACUGUCCUUAUUAACGAAGGCGAGAGGCCUGGAAUGUAGUGUUGGCGCGUUUGCACCAUUACAUGUUGCGACAGCCGUCAUGGGAGCAGCAGGGUUGGAUGGCCUGUUGGCAGAUCCAGAAGGAGGAAGCGGGUGA